UUGCUGGUGGCUGCUGCAAUUUCGCCGUCGACGCGUGAGUGUGAGUGGGUGGCCUCCGACCCUGGCUCCUGAUUUCUGUCGUUCAAUUUCAGGUAGCAAUCUGAAUCCACAGUCCUAUAUAGAAGUAGCUGCUCUGACUGAACUUCUCGUAAACCCUAACCUGAAAUCUCAAUCGUCCGCCAUGGCUCUACUUCUCCAACUGAGAACCAGAACUAAGAUGAAUAUCUUCACAAACCCUUCUCUCUUCCAUUUCUUCUCUACCUCCAAUUCCAACGACGAUGAACCCGAGUCCACCGCCACCUCCAACGACGAUACUGCUUCUACAAACCCUAACUCUCCCUUCUCUUCCUAUUUCAGCGAUGUCAAGAAGGUGCUCAAACAGGACCAAUCCACUUCCUCCUUUUUCACGCCAAGAAAUCCCUCAAAUUCAUCUUCCACUGCUUCAGCUUCCGCGGCUCCGACGUCAUUCAAAGCUGCUUCUUUUGAUGAAAUUCGUAAGAACCUAUCCCAGUUUCGGCGUCGUUACUCGGACCCAGAUUCGACGCCUCCGUCUUCACCUUCAUCGAAUCAAAUCUCGUUACAAGAGAUAUAUAGGAGAAACAUGGUUGAAAAAGCGCGUGAAUCGACGCCAAAUGCUGAUAUGAAGCCUGGGGGAAUUGGAGGAAGACUGUCUUUUGAUGCGAUUCGUGACAGUGUGCGGAAUAGAAAGCAGAAUGUUGAGCCCAGAGAAAGAAAAGAGGGGGAAGUAUCUUCGUUAUCGGCAUUUGCCCAGAGUUUAAGAAAGGAGCCUUCAGACUCCACCGGUUCUCGGACAUCGUCAACGGUAAUUGGUGGGACAGGUGCAUUGCCGGCGUCAAUUUUCGGCAAGGAGUUGAGGGAGAAAGAGAGGGGGGAGAGUUCCGAUGAAAUGAUGACGGCGUUUGUGCAGAUGUAUAAGCAUGAGGAGUUGGGAGAGAAAUUGGGAAAAUUGAGGCCGCAGGCAAAAGGAGGAGACUGGUUUUCUCUGAGAGAGUUGAAUGAUAGGUUGGUGAAAUUGAGGGACAUGGAAGAGAAGGAGAAUAAGCAGUCAGCUAUGAACGACCAUACCUUUACCAUGAAGGGAUUGAGAGACUUCUUGAAGUCGGCACAGCUUCCUGACAACAAGGGGAGAAGCACACUGCAGAGACUUGAUAUCUUGGGUGAGCUGGGCCGGACUCCAAGCUUCAUGCUGCACCCUCCUAAAGAGCAUCUGGUUGAAAAGUAUUUCCAUCCAGAUAAUAUGUCCUCAGCAGAAAAGUUGAAAAUUGAGCUUGCCAGAGUUAGGGAAGAGUUUAAGAUGUCCGAGUCAGAUUGUGGAUCAUCUCGUGUUCAAGUUGCACAACUGACAACUAAGAUUAAGCAUCUAUCAUCAGUUCUACACAAGAAGGAUAAGCAUUCUCGUAAAGGCUUGAUAGCAAUGGUUCAGAGAAGGAAAAGGUUACUAAAGUACCUCAGAAGAACCGACUGGGAUUCCUACUGUUUUGUGAUUUCCAAGCUAGGUCUACGUGAUAAUCCAGAUACUAAGUACUGAAGAAAUGCCACAUCAUUUUUGUUUAGGUCUGUAUGAGAAUGGGAAUAAUAUUAUUGUCAACCCCACAAUCUAUUUGAUGAUAUUUGUGGGAGAGAUGAAUCAUUGGUUGGCUUUUUGAUCCUAUAGGAAACUUGUGCUUAGUUGAUUUUGUUUCCCCCCCUUUUUGGUCACAUGUACACUUUUAUCUCGCCAUGUUGUGGGGCCCUUAGCUUUUUCAUCACAAAGAUGUUUGAGUUGUUAGCGUUAAUGCACAAUUUUGCAUGACAUUUAACGUAUUCAAUGGAAUGUAUUACCUGAGAAAUGAAAUAUGGGGUUUUCAUA